GGGGGAAGUGAAUGGUUUUACCCAGAGGGCCGUGCGCCGCCUUUCUCCGCUGGCCACGGCGCGCCCGGCAGCUCCUCCCCGGCCAUGGCCUUCACGUUCGCGGCCUUCUGCUACAUGCUGGCGCUGCUGCUCACCGCCGCGCUCAUCUUCUUCGCCAUCUGGCACAUCAUAGCAUUUGAUGAGUUGAAGACUGAUUACAAGAACCCUAUAGACCAGUGUAACACCCUGAAUCCUCUUGUACUGCCAGAGUACCUCAUCCAUGCUUUCUUCUGUGUCAUGUUUCUUUGUGCAGCAGAGUGGCUUACACUGGGUCUCAAUAUGCCCCUUUUGGCAUACCAUAUUUGGAGGUAUAUGAGCAGACCAGUGAUGAGCGGCCCCGGACUCUAUGACCCAACGACCAUCAUGAAUGCAGACAUUCUAGCCUACUGUCAGAAGGAAGGAUGGUGCAAACUAGCUUUUUACCUUCUAGCCUUUUUUUACUACCUAUACGGCAUGAUCUAUGUUUUGGUGAGCUCUUAGAACAACACAGAAGAAUUGGUCCAGUUAAGUGCAUGCAAAACGCCACCAAUGAAGGGAUUCUAUCCAGCAGGUCCUGUUUCCAAGAGUAGCCUAUGGAAUCUGAUCAGUUCCUUUAAAAAAAAUGACUUCUUAUUUUUUAAAUGUUUCCACAUUUUUUGCUUGUGGAAAGACUGUUUUCAUAUGUUCUACUUGGAUAAAGAAUUUAAAUGGAAUUACGUAUAAAUUAAUAUAAAAUGAUUACCUCUGGUGUUGACAGGUUGAACUUGCACUCUUAAGGAACAGCCAUAACCCUCCAAGUGAAUGCAUUCAUUGCUUACUGCCCUCGGUCCAUUGGAAGCUUUGUUUAGAGGACUUGUUGGGCUCAUUUUGGUUUUAUCGAAAUGCCAUCUAAAUAUAAAUUAGCUGUAGAUAUGAGGUGCUUCUGGUGAAUUGAAAUGUAUAUCUGACUGAUGGAAACAUUGUAGGUUUCCUCACUUAUCACUGUAGAUGAUUAUAUAUGGACACAACAAUAAGAAGAGUGGGAUUUCUUUCUGUUGACUUGAAUAUUAUCCCUAUAUAUACUGCAUGAGAGAGGGAUUGCCCUCAUUCCCAUCAGAGUAAUAUACUUGCUUUAAUUCUUAAGCAUAAGUGAUAUAAACAUGCUGAAUUACCUGUAAAGAAUGCAUUUAAAGCUAUUUUAAAUGUGUUUUUAUUUGUAAGACAUUACUUACUAAGAAAUUGGUUAUAUUACGCUUACUGUUCUAAUCCAGUGGUCAAGAUAGUCUUAAGAAUUUGCAAGUACUUUAGAUUUUCAAAAAUGAACGAGAGAACUGUGUAACCGCCCUGCUGUUCCUUCAGUGCAACACAAUAAAACUCUGAAAUGAA